AUGUCGCUAAAGGUAAUUAGCGAAUAGCUAGGUAGCACCCUGUUCCUUUCCCAAGCUGUUUUCUUGGCUGUAGUGGAAAACAAGCAAUUAUAAGAUGCAAUUGAUACCAUAAAUCAAAUGUCCUGCAGGAAAUAUAUUCAAAUUUGAUAAGUGAAAAUGUUCCCAAACAAACUGUAUUUAGGAUUCUCUGUAAUUUGCAUAGUAGCUGGGAGAGGAGAGAGAAGAGUGGCAGUGUUGAUUAUUCACAAACAAUGUCCAUCUUGGUUUCUGCCUGCAUUAUCACACCACUUACAUCCUAGUUUGGAUCCUAUUUCAUAGGGUGGAGGACAUUUAGGCACUAGUUUAAUUAUUAGGAAGUACGGCUGGGAAUUGCCAGGGACCGAUGCGAUAUGUAUUACAAUUCGAUACUGUGAUUUUUGUUUGCGAUUUGAUGUUCCAAACGUAUUGCUCACUAUAUGUCUGCUGCAGAGAGACAGGAGAGAGCAUGAGAAAAUGAGUUUUGAUCAGUCAUGGAAUAAAAGUGCUGAAAACAUGUCUGGAUUAUUGCCAGAAAUAUCAUAUGAUGCAAAACGCGUCAUAUCGGCUGUAUUUCUGCCUGCUCCCCAGGUGUGGCAGUGUGGAGGUUCUCUGGAGAUCCACCCCUGCUCCCACGUGGGCCACGUCUUCCCAAAGAAAGCCCCCUACGCCAGGCCCAAGUUCCUCCAGAACACGGUCCGUGCUGCCGAGGUGUGGAUGGACACCUACAAACAGCACUUCUACAACAGAAACCCCCCUGCCAGAAAGGUACAGUACUGUAGUACGCUUUACAAUAAAAUGGUGUAUCUUAUUUUAUCUUACUCCCCAUUGUCAUAUGAUCAGUGUGAUGUACAGUAUCUUCAGUGAGUUGUAGGGGAUACCACAAAGUUACUUUACAGCCAACUCUCCCAAACACCAGUAUAAUAAUAAUAAUAAUAAUAUAAUAAUAAUAAUAAUAAUAAUAAUAUGCCAUUUAGCAGACGCUUUUAUCCAAAGCGACUUACAGUCAAUAUGAGGUAGCUAGUAGUGGAGGAUGCAGUGAUUGUAGAUCAGGCUGUAGAAAUACCAAUAAUAAUAAUAACAAAGUAACGUAUUGUAAGUGAUAACGCGAUAAAGUCACUUAUUGUAAAGUGAUACAGUAACUUAUUGUAAUGUAAUAAAGCCAUAAAGGAACUUAUUGUAAUGUAAUAAAGCCAUAAAGGAACUUAUUGUAAUGUAAUAAAGCCAUAAAGGAACUUAUUGUAAUGUAAUAAAGCCAUAAAGGAACUUAUUGUAAUGUAAUAAAGCCAUAAAGGAACUUAUUGUAAUGUAAUAAAGCCAUAAAGGAACUUAUUGUAAUGUAAUAAAGCCAUAAAGGAACUUAUUGUAAUGUAAUAAAGCCAUAAAGGAACUUAUUGUAAUGUAAUAAAGCCAUAAAGGAACUUAUUGUAAUGUAAUAAAGCCAUAAAGGAACUUAUUGUAAUGUAAUAAAGCCAUAAAGGAACUUAUUGUAAUGUAAUAAAGCCAUAAAGGAACUUAUUGUAAUGUAAUAAAGCCAUAAAGGAACUUAUUGUAAUGUAAUAAAGCCAUAAAGGAACUUAUUGUAAUGUAAUAAAGCCAUAAAGGAACUUAUUGUAAUGUAAUAAAGCCAUAAAGGAACUUAUUGUAAUGUAAUAAAGCCAUAAAGGAACUUAUUGUAAUGGGCAUAAUCCCAACAGGUGUUAAGAAGUAGGGCAUGCUUUAGUUAAAGGGCCAAUCCGGAGUUCCAAAAAUAACAAAGCGCCACCCCCACACUUGUUUUGGUAAACCGCUGAUGGAUGGGGCUUGAGAACUAUAACCACUCUUAAAUUCAUAGACAGCGCUUUGGACUGACCAUCCAUGAUAUCAAAAUUAUAGUUUUAACCAUGUUUUGAAGCUAUAUAGUGUUUGUUUACAUUGACUUUAUUUACAAACAUGGGAGUGAAACAAGCUUAUAUUUUGGGGUAUGACAGUUGAACUAAGCUCAUGAAGCAUUUGUAAGUUAUAUUCUUCAAGAAUCGAUGGCUAUAUAUAUAUAUAUAUACUGUAUCAGGGAUCAUCAACUAGAUUCAACCGCGGGAUGAUUUUUUCUUGAGCGGUCGGGGGGCCGGAACAUAAUAAAAAAUACUUUUGUAGCUGGCAAAUUGACCACAAGAAGCCCAAACAGAUAUAAUGUUUGACUAAAACAUAAUAAUUUCAAACCUUUCUUGCAUUUGUAUACGAUCAUGUGUCUCUCUAUUAGGCGUGGGAAUACUUGGGAACAGAUUUCUUAAAUUAAAAUCACUUGGAGAUGAUUUCCUGAUGUUUUUACAGUUUUUUACGUCUUUUAUGUCUUAAAAGUUUUUGCUCAGAACUUGGGGGGGGCCAAAUAAAACCACUGCCAGUUAGGGAACCCUGCUAUAUCAUUCAUUUCACAGUCAAAAAAGUGGAUGUAGCAACUCCUGAUUGGCCCUUUAGAGCUGUAAUAGUUCUACCAGGAUGGAACACCCUAGACUUGAUUAAUAUUGUAUCGUAAUGGAGUAACUUGGAUGGAGAUGUUGCUUCACCUGUCUAGGUUUCAGCAGUGGUUGAUGAGGUGUGUGUGUAUCCCGCUCGGCUUUCUUUGUGUUGCCUGAUACCAAAGUCUCAUGUUCAUCUUUGUUUCACUUCUGAAGUAAAUUACAUUAUUAAUACCAGGGAUCUUUAAUCAAACAAUAAAGUACCCUCCCAAAGGGAGCUGGAGACUGGGUGCCAGAGGGGAUUGGCAGGUUUGAAUUCACUUGGGCGUCAUGUACAUGUAGGCAUACAGAUGUACCUGGUUGGAAAUGUGGUCACAGUCUAUUCUGGUAAACCACUUAAAGUCGUGUAUUUUUUUUUUUGUCGAAACAAACCAGGUGUGUUUUCACUAGGAACCAAGCAGAAGCUAACGGGACGAAACAGAAAACAAAAAACCUACCUGAAUUUUGUUCAGUAAGAAACGGUUGUUUUCAUUUUUCCGUUGCAAAAUGUUUUACUACGGUGUGACCUAAUGAAUACACCCCAGUUGUUCAUCAGUUGUUCAUCAUAAUCCAACUUUAGUGUCACACAAUCCAACGUGUGUUUUGAAUUCCCAUCCCUUUGGUUUGUUCAAGGUGGGGAGCUACACUGCUGUCAGUACUAAACAGGUAUCACGCUCACACCUGUCAUCCAGGAAAUCAUUUUCAAUUACUUUUCUUAAGGACACAACAGCAAUGCACCAACCAGGAUUCAAACAGUUUCAAGUUAACGGACCAGGAUGUAGUUACAUGUUUACUUAAUGUUGUCACCCAGUACAAUCGUGGUAUUAGUGUAUCACAUCAAACCACUCCUAGGAUUGGCAUAUUUGACCAGAGCUGCAUUGCAGUGAAAUUGAGCCUAUUUACAUUUACAUUUUUGUCAUUUAGCAGACGCUCUUAUACAGAGCGACUUACGGGAGCAAUUAGGGUUAAGUGCCUUGCUCAAGGGCACAUCGACAGAUUUUUCACAGUCUGCUCUUCGGUUACUAGCCCAACGCUCUUAACCGCUAGGCUACCUGCCGCCCCGGUUAUUAUUCUGGUUUAUCUUUAGAGUUGUGUGUGGGCCUAAUUUUUGAAGCACUGGAAAUUGGCGCACGCUAAAGUGUGCAAUGUUGUUUACUCAAGGUGUCAAUGUUUUAAGUGUAUCUAUCCCUACUCAAAUACACGUGUUAAAUGAAGUUAUGUUUUUCCACAGGAGACAUAUGGGGACAUCUCAGAGAGGGUGGUCCUCAGAGAGAGACUGAAGUGUAACAGCUUUGACUGGUACCUGAAGAACAUCUACCCUGACCUGCAUGUACCAGAGGACAGGGUGGGAUGGCACGGGGCGGUGAGUCUCUCUCGCUCUCUCGCGCUGAUUCCAAAUCUUAAGCACCAGGGCACUCCAAAAAAUUAAAACAGCAUAAAAUGUCAGGACCAAAAUGAACACCUAUGUCCUACCUCUUUGGCCUCCUUGUAGAUAUGAAAUGAGCAUGGUAAAAAGCACAAUUGUUUGACUCCUUUAAUCUGAUCUCAUGAUGCUAAUCCGGAUCAUUCUCCUCAUCACAGGUGCGUAGCUCUGGGAUCCAUUCAGAGUGCCUGGACUACAACACUCCGGAACACAGUCCCACGGGGGCGCACAUCUCCCUCUUCGGUUGCCAUGGGCAGGGCGGCAACCAGGUGAUUAAAAUUUCACGUCUUGUCUGUUUGUCUCUCUCUCUCUCUCAACCCCCCUGAUCCCACGUCUCCCUGAGGGACGGACGGAGUGGUUACUCUGAAUGUCAACGAUAUCCGGUGACCACUGGAGAAUAUCCACCUCACCUCAGCUAUCUAGAAUUCAGCGUCAAGCGAGAUGCUGAGACAUCUACAACUUUGGUUUAGUACAAAGUAUCCUAAAGCAUAUUUUAGGCCUAAAUCUACAGUUUUUUUAAAAAUAACUUUUAUGGCUAAGUUAGUUUCUAGAUAGUUAAUAACCAAAAAGACUUGCUGACCGUGUGGAUGUAUAUUUUAUGUCCAGUCAGACAACGGGUUCUGCCUAUCUAGUCUAUCUCCACUGGCGAUAUCUCUGAUUACUCAUUGAUGCAUCGCAUCAGGUGUCCACUGCUACUGAAAGGUGUGUGUGUGUGUGUGUGUGAGUGAGAGAGAACUUUAGACUGAGAUCCAACCAUUUCUCUCUCAAAAGGAAGCGAUUCUUAUGGUGAAAUCUCUUUUAACCGUUGAAUGCUAAUGAUCUGAGCUGCUGAUUUGAUAAACAGAAGCGCCAAGAGUAAACAUUCAUCCAUGCCCCAGGAGGACAGUGAUUACUAUAAUUCAGAUAAGCAGAGUUUAACCAUGCAUCACUCUCUUUCCUCUAGUACUUUGAGUACACAACCCAUAAGGAGAUCCGCUAUAACUCUGUGACGGAGCUGUGUGCCGAGGUCCCCGAGGGACAGACUUACAUUGGGAUGAAGCACUGCCCCCACGACAGAACCCCUACACCCCCCACCAUCAUCUGGGAGUUCAGAGAGGUGAGUGAUGCAGAUGUAAGCAAAAACAUGCAUGUACAGUGGGGAAAAAAGUAUUUAGUCAGCCACCAAUUGUGCAAGUUCUCCCACUUAAAAAGAUGAGAGAGGCCUGUAAUUUUCAUCAUAGGUACACGUCAACUAUGACAGACAAAAUGAAAAAAUAAAAUCCAGAAAAUCACAUUGUAGGAUUUUUAAUGAAUUUAUUUGCAAAUGAUGGUGGAAAAUAAGUAUUUGGUCAAUAACAAAAGUUUCUCAAUACUUUGUUAUAUACCCUUUGUUGGCAAUGACACAGGUCAAACGUUUUCUGUAAGUCUUCACAAGGUUUUCACACACUGUUGCUGGUAUUUUGGCCCAUUCCUCCAUGCAGAUCUCCUCUAGAGCAGUGAUGUUUUGGGGCUGUCGCUGGGCAACACGGACUUUCAACUCCCUCCAAAGAUUUUCUAUGGGGUUGAGAUCUGGAGACUGGCUAGGCCACUCCAGGACCUUGAAAUGCUUCUUACGAAGCCACUCCUUCGUUGCCCGGGCGGUGUGUUUGGGAUCAUUGUCAUGCUGAAAGACCCAGCCACGUUUCAUCUUCAAUGCCCUUGCUGAUGGAAGGAGGUUUUCACUCAAAAUCUCACGAUACAUGGCCCCAUUCAUUCUUUCCUUUACACGGAUCAGUCGUCCUGGUCCCUUUGCAGAAAAACAGCCCCAAAGCAUGAUGUUUCCACCCCCAUGCUUCACAGUAGGUAUGGUGUUCUUUGGAUGCAACUCGGCAUUCUUUGUCCUCCAAACACGACGAGUUGAGUUUUUACCAAAAAGUUCUAUUUUGGUUUCAUCUGACCAUAUGACAUUCUCCCAAUCCUCUUCUGGAUCAUCCAAAUGCACUCUAGCAAACUUCAGACGGGCCUGGACAUGUACUGUCUUAACCAGGGGGACACGUCUGGCACUGCAGGAUUUGAGUCCCUGGCGGCGUAGUGUGUUACUGAUGGUAGGCUUUGUUACUUUGGUCCCAGCUCUCUGCAGGUCAUUCACUAGGUCCCCCCAUGUAGUUCUGGGAUUUUUGCUCACCGUUCUUGUGAUCAUUUUGACCCCACGGGGUGAGAUCUUGCGUGGAGCCCCAGAUCGAGGGAGAUUAUCAGUGGUCUUGUAUGUCUUCCAUUUCCUAAUAAUUGCUCCCACAGUUGAUUUCUUCAAACCAAGCUGCUUACCUAUUGCAGAUACAGUCUUCCCAGCCUGGUGCAGGUCUACAAUUUUGUUUCUGGUGUCCUUUGACAGCUCUUUGGUCUUGGCCAUAGUGGAGUUUGGAGUGUGACUGUUUGAGGUUGUGGACAGGUGUCUUUUAUACUGAUAACAAGUUCAAACAGGUGCCAUUAAUACAGGUAACGAGUGGAGGACAGAGGAGCCUCUUAAAGAAGAAGUUACAGGUCUGUGAGAGCCAGAAAUCUUGCUUGUUUGUAGGUGACCAAAUACUUAUUUUCCACCAUAAUUUGCAAAUAAAUUCAUUAAAAAUCCUACAAUGUGUUUUUCUGGAUUAGUUGUCUGUCAUAGUUGACGUGUACCUAUGAUGAAAAUUACAGGCCUCUCUCAUCUUUUUAAGUGGGAGAACUUGCACAAUUGGUGGCUGACUAAAUACUUUUUUCCCCACUGUAAGCAGAGGAAUACUCGUACACACACGUGCACGCACUCACAGAAAAACACAAAGAAUUGUCAUAGUAUGCACAACUGGGCUGAUCGAAUUUGUAAACGCACGACAAGUGGUCUUCAUACUACAUUUAGUUGUCAGUUAGAAAUUGACUAUAUUCAACUGUUGCUAUAGUGCCUUACCUGGAUGUCUCUUUAUUGUCACUUCAGGACGGGACGAUCUACCACCCUCACUCAGACAUGUGUGUCACUUCCUAUCGCACAGCCGAGGGGCGCACGGACAUCCAGAUGAGGACGUGCACUCCUGGGGACAAGCACCAGCGCUGGAAGUUUGAGGAUGGGAGAAACUAG